AUGCUCCGUGGCCAAUUAACCGCGCUGCUGGGUCUGCUCAGUGGGGCCUGGCUGCCCACAGGUUCAGGGAUACCUAGGGCCCCAGCUACCCCUGCUCAGUCCUGGGCCGCUACCAAUCAGAGCCCGACUCUGGAUCCCCUGGUGCCCAUCUCUGCCCUAGGUAGCUGGAAGGCCUUCCUGGACCUGCAAAACAAACAGCAGGGGACAGGUGAGCCGCAGGAGGGGCAGAGUGUGGCUGCUGGUGUGCCUUUGCCCUUGGCGCCACAGGAACUGCUUCAGGAGACUUGUAAGGCUCUGCCCUUUGUUCAGGUGAUCUCCAGGCCUGGGUGCACGAGUGCCCGGGUCCUUAACCAUCUCUGUUUUGGCCAUUGUUCCUCCUUCUACAUUCCCAGCUCGGAUCCCAGCCCUGUAGUACUCUGCAACAGCUGUGUGCCAUCUCGAAGGCGCUGGACAUCGGUGGCACUGUGGUGUGGAGCUGGCCAGUCAGCCUCCCCUCGGCGGGUGAGGAUUUCCACUGUAUUGGUCCAGAAGUGUCGGUGCCACCCGAGGCUGUGAGCUGAGCAUCCUAGAGGAAUGUGCAGGACACAAACCUUGGAAAGAAGCAGGAGACUCAGUAGAAAGACGUGACCUGAGUGAUGAAUAUCAGGUCAAG